GACCCGUUCACCAUCACCCAUCCAACAACCAUCCAAACGUCUCUGGUCUCAGGCGCGUCCUUUGCCCGCUUCGAUCCGUCAGGGAAACUCCUGGCCGCUGGCCGCCCCGAUGGUUCGGGAGUCAUAUGGGACCUCGACACACGAGCUACUGUAAGGUGGUGCGAAGGACAUGUCAAGGGCAUCACAGCUGUCGAUUGGUCGCGCAACUCGCGAUAUGUGCUCACAGCGUCAAAAGACUGGAAUAUUAUAAUAUGGGACCUGGCGUCACCCUGUGAUCCCCCUCAAAGGCAUACUACCAUUCGAUUCGACGCGCCCGUCAUCGCAGCGAGCUUUCAUCCACGAAAUAGUCGCAUCAUUCUUGCUUUACUGAGUACCGGCGAACCUUACAUAGUCGAUCUACGCAGCUCUCAUCGCGGUAGGUUCGAGCUGGGCGAAGAGGACGAUGGUGAUGAGAAACGGUACGUCAACGGAAAAAUAAUAACGAUAAUGACAACAGCUCGGUUUGACCCGACCGGUCGGCAUGUCUUCGUUGGUACUUCAGCUGGUACGAUUGAGGUUUACAACACUCGCACAAAGUCGUUAGUAGCUAGACAUCGCAUAGUCGGCGCGGGAGUCAUCAAGGGACUGGUCUUUGCGAAUGGUGGGAGGAGGCUUGCCACCAACUCGUCAGACAGGACCAUCCGCCAAUUCACGCUCCCUACUUACCCUCCACCUCCAGAGCCGAAUACGACGUACGGAUCAAGUAAAUACCAGAUAGUGGAGACGGAGCUGGAGCCCACGCACCGGUUCAACGACCCGAUUUCGAAAGUGGCAUGGCAUGCGAUGUCGUAUAGUCCUGAUGGGGAGUGGUUGGCUGGAGGUGCGGCGGAUCCGGCGGCACACAAAAUUUAUAUCUGGGACAUCUCGAACGACGGGCAAUUCGCAAGUGCCCUGGAUGGUGGCAGAGAGCCACUCUUGGACGUGCAUUGGCACCCACACGGACCACGCCUCGCUUCAACCACUAAAGAUGGCAACAUUUUAAUCUGGCAUUGUCCUUCGCCGGAGCGGUGGGGCGCGUUCGCUGGUGGGUUCGAAGAAGCUGACGAAAAUGUUUGGUAUGAGGAGGGAGAGAGCGAGUUCGAUUUGGAGGAUGAGGCUGAGUUAGCGCUGCGCAAGAAGUUGCAAGAAGAUGAAGACGUAGACAUCGUAGGGGGAAUCGAGGACAACACUUCUAUGGCUCCCUUGAAUGAUGUCACGCCUGGGGAUGUGGACCUCGAGUGGGCAGAUGAAGAGGGAGAACUCGAUCGCGAGGACUGGAGAAUGAAAAUCAUCACGGUAGAGGGCGAGGAGGUGUACUAAAUAUGUGCCGUUAUUGCAAGGAACUCUCACGUCAAUUGUCACCCUACUAUUCUCAAGUAGUCUAAAGAAGUAUUUCUAUCUAUCUGCACCGCAUUCACACCUCUCAUCUAGUGACUUCCUCUAACUCGCUUCUCCACCUCUUUUGAAUGUCGAUCAUUUCCAAGAAAAUUUUAUACUUGGCGUCAAGGAUCUUCUUAGCUUUGGGGGAAGCGGAAGGUGCGACUAAUGUUCCUGGUGGUGUCAUCUCAAC